AUGAAGACAAAGCAGGGGAACCUGCGGAGGCCUCCGCACCUCGUGGUGCUGCAGUGGAUUUUGGAGGCGUGGGAUCAAGUCCCCAAGCAGGUCAUCAUUGACGCGUUCCGCCAUUGUGGGAUUUCAAGCAAGUUGGACAGGACGGAGAACCACCUCGUGAUGUCUCACCUGCGCGCGAGGAGCACCACCGAUGUCUCUGAGGACAUGUGCAUCGAGGGGACCACGUGCGACAACACGCGCCUGCUUGGGCACGCUAUUGAGGAGGAGGAGGAGGAGGAGGAGGAGGAGGAGGAGGAGGAGGAGGAGGAGGAGGAGGAGGAGAUGCAUGCGAAGGGCAUCAGAGAGGUGGCCAUGGCAACCGGCCUGGAGGUGCUGUACCAGGAGACCCUUAACUACCACGGAGCGGCGGCAGAGGCUGACCACAUGAUCGAGCCAAGGCAGACAGCUAGGCAUGUCUGGCGAGUGCCAGACCUGGGUGUUAGGGAGCCUGAUGUUUGUGCAGAUGAGGAGGCCAUGACGGAGGGGGGCUAG